AUGAUUAACCGAUAUUCAGAUGGUAGUUCAUUUGAAUACAUACCCAGGCAGGAGACAGACAUCCAUCCUACAUACACGCUGGUGCAUGCCGGCUAUCUAUCCCCUACUCCAACAGAGCCCCAAAUUGUGAUCUCCCUGAAAUCGCUCGAACUGUUAUACUCUCUUUUCCGAGCAGCACCCGCUUUCAGUAUUCAACAUUUUACCCAGGUGGUUUCUGACAUACACAAGAUGGUAUAUCAGCCCUACUUAAGAACCCAAAUCUCACUUGCUUUCGAUAUCUUCUAUCAGAUAUUCUUCCACCUGGAUAAACUUGUCAAACAAGGUCAGGUGGGGCCCAAUUAUCAUCUCAAAAAUUCCUGCCCUGCUUGUCACUGUAAGGUUGAAGAUGAGCCUGAAUGCCCCAUUCAGCUCAUUGUCACAGCUGAUGGGAAUACCUCCCUCUCAAGGCUGCACCAUAAUUUUGCCACCGACGCCCGAGUCUUUCCCAGUGACUACUUCAUUCCCCGAGAACAGGUCAAUAAUUUUGCUGACACUCGAAAACAUUCACAACGUGUUCACUCAGUAAUAUGUGCGACUUGUGAGAUGGAUGGCCCAGAGUCGUUAUUUAUAUCUGACAGCUGCCUAGCAUGGAAGAAUGCUUGGCCAAUGCCCUUGAAGUCGAAGUCGGGUGCCAUGCAACUCAUGGAUGAGACAGGACUUUUCUCUGUCAUUUGCCGAUAUGGUAUCGUCCAAUUCCUUAUCGACAUGGUCCAGAGUGGGGAGUUAGCCAAAUAUCCAAUCGCUGCCACUGAUCAACUCAUAUGGACAUUUGGCCACAACAUUCUAUUACAAUAUUGGCUGCACAUUUUCAGCUACCCUUUCCAAGUCUUCCAUUGGUGA